AUGGAGAUAGAGCCUGACUGGCGUGGCUUUUUCUAUGCAGCUCAGAAGCCUAGUAAGAUCAGGAAGAUUAUCAUAGGUACGCUCUCUCUGCAUGAAAAGCGGUCGCUUUUCGUCGCAAUAUAUGGCUUUCUUUUCUUUCCCUCCGAGGAACAAUAUUUUCUAAAACCUCGCCGCCUUCAAUCUUGUUGCUCAGUUCUGCAUCUUCUUCGCGCAGGCGUGUCGGCAGGAUUUGGGGGCGCACUCCUGGCUGGCUUCAUUUGCUUUCUUUUCUUCAGACGGAAGAACAGGAAGUGGCGAUCCCACUCUUCGGAUCUGCUCUUCCGGUCGGGCUCCUUAGAGCCGUCCUUGAAGAAAAACCCGGAGAGUGGCAGCUUGCAGUGCGGCACGCAGUACUUCAGAUACGAGGAGCUGCACGAGGCCACCAACGGAUUCAACCCCUCCAGCGAGCUGGGCGAUGGCGGGUUCGGCACCGUCUACAAAGGUUCCCCUCCUCCUCCUCCUCCUCCUCCUCCUCCUCCCGUUCUCCUUCUUCUUCUUCGUCAUCAUUAUCAUCAUCAUCGUCGUCUUCUUCUUCUUCUUCUCGUAGCAACUCGCAGCAACCAACCAUCCAAAUCCCCCCGUUCUUGCUCUUUAAUAUAGAUGGUAUUUGUUGUUGUUGUGUGUGCGUGUGCAGGGAAGCUCCGAGACGGGCGCAUCGUCGCGGUGAAGCGACUAUACGAGAACAACUUCAAGCGCGUGGAGCAGUUCAUGAACGAGGUGGAGAUCCUCAACCGCCUCCGCCACCACAACCUGGUCAGCCUCUACGGCUGCACCUCCCGGCACAGCCGCGAGCUCCUCCUCGUCUACGAGUUCGUCCCCAACGGCACCGUCGCCGACCAUCUCCACGGCAAUCUCGCCCCCCGCGGCGCACUCACCUGGCCCCUCCGCCUCCGCGUCGCUCUCGAGACGGCCACCGCCCUCGCCUACCUCCACGCCGUCGAGCCCCAGAUCAUCCACCGCGACGUCAAGACCAACAACAUCCUCCUCGACGGCAAUUUCCACGUCAAAGUCGCCGACUUUGGGCUCUCUCGUCUCUUCCCCGUGGACGCCACCCACGUCUCCACCGCCCCGCAGGGCACGCCCGGGUACGUUGACCCCGAGUACCACCAGUGCUACCACCUCACGGACAAGAGCGACGUCUACAGCUUCGGCGUGGUGCUCGUGGAGCUCAUCUCCUCCAUGCCCGCCGUGGACAUCACCCGGCGCCGGCACGAGAUCAACCUCUCCAGCAUGGCCAUCGGCAAGAUCCAGAGCGGCGAUCUGGCAGAGCUGGUGGACCCGAAGCUGGGCUUCGAGACGGACUGGGAAGUGAAGAGGAUGAUCACGGUGGUGGCGGAGUUGGCGUUCAGGUGCUUGCAGAGGGAGAAGGAGAUGAGGCCCGCCAUGGACGAGGUCGUGGAGGUGCUCCGGAGGGUGGAGAGCGGGGACGACCAUGCGAAGGAGGAGAGGACGGGGGAGAUGGAGGAGCCUACGAAGACGACCAUCGACGAGAUGCGCUUGCUGAAGAAAGUGGAUGAGCCUCCUUCGCCGGACACGGUAAUGCACCAGUGGUCCAGCAGGGCCACCACACCCCACGCCAGUGGGUAA